AGCUCCAUAGUGUUGAGCGGCUGCUGCCGCUGCUCUCACAUGUUCUCUAAGCUCGUAUCAGUUGGAUGGCAGCGGUGACCGAACGCGUACAGAGAUUUGACCGGCGAUGCUGCUCUUUAUUUCGUUGAUUCUUGCCACGGUUGGCUACGUGCUGUUCAACUACCACAAGCGCCGCCAGCUGCUGCUGAACAUCCGCUCGCACUUUGAUGGACCACCGUCCAAGUACUUCCUCGGGACGGCCCCGAUCUUCUUCGGCAAGAGCAUUCCAGAUAUCUACGACAUAAUCACCGGCUGGCACAAGGUGCACGGAGAAGAUGUGGCCAUUAUCGCUGCGUUCAACGAGUUGGUGCUAGAUUUGUCCAGCUCGAAGAAUGUCGAGAAGGUGCUGCUGGCCAAGUCCAUCAAGAAGUCGGAUCCCUACGACUUUAUGGUUCCCUGGCUGGGAACGGGUCUGCUGAUUUCUAUUGGGGAGAAGUGGUUCCAGAGUGUUGGCCGGAUUAGCAGAGUACCGACGGCAGCAGGGAACGCGAAAAGGAGGGACGGAUCCGGUUAACUUUGCCGGAAAUAAAAUACGCGCGAGUAACAACAAAAUGUGUCUUUAUUGUUGCGAAGCUGGCUUAGGAACUAACUGUGUGUGACG